UCAGCUAGCAGUUAGCAGCGGCUAGCUACCAGCUACCACAUUUGACCCUGUGCGCCUUGAUGAGCUAGACAUCCGGGCUGUGUGUAUGGAAGAUGGCGACACUUAUCCUCCCUGGUGAAUGGUUCAAAAACUGGGAAAAAACUGGGAAACACGAGUUUGUACAACUCUGCAAAGAACUUACAGAGAAAACAGAUCAUGGAAGUGAGGUUAGAGACAUACAGGCCGCCUUAUAUGAGCUCUGCUGGCAAGUUGUACAAGGGAACCUUAAGUUGGAUCUCGUCACCAGUGUCCUUGGGGACAUGAUGGAACUCCGCGAUGACAUGCCAUCAAUUUUAGCAGAUGUGUUCAGUAUACUAGAUUUAGAAACAGGUGCUCUGGAAGAAAAAAUCAAACGUGAUCAUUACACACAAUUGGUGGGAGCAUGUUUGUUCUUUGUUCCAGAGGCUAUCUUGAAAGAGAGACUGGAUCCAGAAACCCUUGAAUCUCUUGGACUUAUAAAACAAGCCCUUCAGUUCAAUCAGAAGAUUGUAAAAAUCAAAACUAAACUAUUUUACAAGCAACAGAAGUUCAACCUGCUAAGGGAGGAGAAUGAGGGCUAUGCCAAACUCAUCACUGAGCUUGGCCAAGACCUUUCAGGCAACAUCACCAGCCAUCUUGUUCUGGAGAGCAUCAAGUCCCUCAUAGGAUGUUUCAACUUAGAUCCGAAUCGUGUAUUGGACAUCAUCCUUGAGGUGUACGAGAGUCGAUCUGACCAAGAUGAGUUCUUCUUGUCUCUCAUCAAGUCCUACAUGUGUGAGCCACUCACCCUUUGCCACAUCCUGGGAUUUAAGUUCAAAUUCUACCAGGAGCCCAAUGAGGAAACCCCCACGUCACUUUACCACAUUGCUGCUGCUCUGCUACACCACAACCUGAUAGAGCUGGAAGAUCUUUAUGUACAUCUUAUGCCACAAGAUGCCACCAUCAUAGAGGAACACAAACGGGAUAUCUCAGAGGCCAAGCAGGUUGCUCGCAAGCUGGUCAUGGUUGUGUUGCCUUCAGAGAAGAAUGAAGACAAAGAAAAGGAGAAAGAGAAAGAUGAGGAGAAGAAUGAGAAGCCACCUGAUAACCAGAAGCUUGGUCUAUUGGAAGCGCUGCUUAGAAUUGGAGACUGGCAACACGCCCAGAGUAUUAUGGACCAGAUGCCUUCCUUCUAUGCUACGUCUCACAAGGCCAUUGCACUGGCUCUCUGCCAGCUUGUACACCUGACUGUGGAACCUCUUUACAGAAGGGCUGGUGUCCCAAAAGGUUCAAAGGGACGUAUAGCGCAUCCACUGAGGAACAAGCGCGCACCUCGGCCUGCAGAGAUUUUUGAGGACCUACGCAGGGACACGUUCAGCAUGCUCUGCUACCUGGGCCCUCACCUCUCCCACGACCCCAUCCUCUUCGCCAAGAUAGUGCGUCUGGGCAAGGGCUUCAUGAAAGAGUACCAAAGUGACAGCAAGAUUGAAGUCAAAGACAAAAUGGACACACUACUCAGUUGUUUCCUGAGCAUUGCAGACCAGGUGCUACUCCCUUCGCUCUCCCUAAUGGAGUGUAAUGCUUGCAUGUCUGAGGAACUGUGGGGCCUCUUCAAACUGUUUCCCUACCGGCACAGGUAUCGGUUAUAUGGACAAUGGAAGAAUGAGACGUAUUCCAGUCAUCCUCUCUUGGUUAAAGUCAAAGCGCAGACUGUUGAAAGGGCCAAAUACAUUAUGAAGCGGUUGACCAAAGAGAAUGUGAAACAGUCUGGAAGGCAGAUUGGCAAGCUGAGCCAUAGCAAUCCCACUAUCCUCUUUGAUUAUAUGCUGUCUCAGAUCCAGUGGUACGACAACCUUAUUGUUCCAGUGGUGGACUCACUGAAAUACCUCACAUCCCUCAACUAUGAUGUCUUGGCUUAUUGCAUAAUCGAGGCUCUUGCCAAUCCUGAGAAGGAGAAGAUGAAGCAUGACGACACUACCAUCUCCUCAUGGCUUCAGAGUCUGGCAAGUCUUUGUGGAGCUGUGUUCAGAAAAUACCCAAUUGAGUUGGCUGGCCUCCUUCAGUAUGUCACCAAUCAGCUGAAAGCAGGAAAGAGUUUUGACCUGCUCAUCCUGAAAGAGGUGGUCCAGAAAAUGGCCGGCAUUGAGAUCACAGAUGAGAUGACGUCAGAGCAGCUAGAGGCCAUGACCGGAGGGGAGCAACUCAAAGCAGAGGGCGGCUACUUUGGCCAGAUCAGGAACACAAAGAAGUCAUCUCAGCGUCUGAAGGAUGCACUACUGGACCAUGAACUGGCCCUACCACUGUGUCUGCUAAUGGCCCAGCAACGGAAUGGUGUGGUUUUCUUAGAAGGUGGAGAAAAACACCUUAAACUUGUUGGCCAUCUCUAUGACCAGUGUCAUGACACAUUGCUGCAGUUUGGUGGCUUUCUGGCCUCCAACCUCAGCACAGAGGAUUACAUCAAGCGGGUUCCCUCGAUUGACAUCCUCUGUAACCAGUUCCACACUCCGCAUGAUGCUGCCUUCUUCUUGUCUCGGCCAAUGUACGCCCAUCAGAUUUUGUCAAAGUAUGACGAGAUGAAGAAAGGGGAGAAAGGCAACCGGCAGCAGCAGAAGGUACACAAAUACGUGGCAGCCUGUGAACAGGUGAUGACACCGGUGCACGAGGCUGUGGUGUCGCUUCAUCCUUCCAGGGUGUGGGAUGACCUCCGCCCUCAGUUUUAUGCCACCUUCUGGUCCCUCACCAUGUAUGAUCUGGCUGUGCCUCACGCCGCAUAUGAACGUGAGGUCAACAAGCUCAAGGUCCAGAUUAAAGCCAUUGAAGAGAAUCCAGAGAUUCCCUUGAAUAAGAAAAAGAAGGAGAAGGAACGCUGCACUGCCCUGCAGGAGAAACUGCAGGAGGAGGAGAAGAAGCAGCUGGAACACGUCCAAAGGGUUUUACACCGUCUCAAACUGGAGAAAGACAACUGGUUGUUUGCCAAAUCCACAAAGAAUGAGACCAUCACAAAGUUCCUGCAGCUCUGUCUGUUCCCGCGCUGCAUCUUCUCUUCCAUCGACGCUGUGUACUGCGCCCGCUUUGUCGAGCUCGUCCACCAGCAGAAAACGCCCAACUUCUGCACCCUUCUCUGCUAUGACAGGGUUUUCUCUGCCAUUAUUUACACUGUGGCCAGCUGCACGGAGAACGAGUCUCACCGCUACGGCCGCUUCCUCUGCUGCAUGCUGGAGACGGUGACCCGUUGGCACAGCGAUCGUGCAAUCUAUGAGAAGGAUUGUGUGAAUUUCCCUGGCUUCCUGACCAUCUUCAGAGCCACCGGCUUUGAUGGAGGGAACAAAGCAGAUCAGCUAGAUUAUGAGAACUUCAGGCAUGUGGUGCACAAAUGGCACUACAUGCUGACUAAAGCUUCAGUUCACUGCCUGGAGACGGGAGAUUACACCCACAUCCGCAACAUUCUCAUCGUGCUCACCAAGAUCCUGCCCUGCUAUCCCAAAGUCCUGAACCUGGGCCAAGCGCUCGAGUGCCGUGUCCAGAAGAUCUGCCUUGAGGAGAAGGACAAGAGGCCAGACCUCUAUGCCUUAGCAAUGGGUUAUUCAGGUCGGUUGAAAGGCCAGAAGGUGCACAUGGUCCCUGAGAAUGAGUUUCAUCACAAGGAGCAGCCAGCGCGCAGUGCCACCCCUGCCAGUCAGCAGAACGGCCCCGGCAGCACAGGCAAGCCCACCACCAGCACAAACAAGACAGACGAGGGGGCAUCAGAGGAUGGUGAACGGGGAAAGGAUAAAUCCAGUGCGACAACAAAGCCAGUGAACAAAGCCAACAGUGCAGCGGCCAAAGUGACCACCAGCAAUGGGAACGGUGCCCUCAUUAGCACCAAAGCCGUAAAAGAGCGGGAUGACAAAGAGAAGAGCGGGAAAGAGAAAAAAGAGAAAAAGGAAAAGACACCGGGCAGCACUCCUGAGACAAAGGCCGAGAACCGUCGGGAGAAGCAGAGAGACGAGAGAGCGGGAAAGGAGGAGCGGCCGGCACGUGAGGGUAAGGAGAAGACCCCCAAGGCUGACAGGGAGAAAGUGAAGGUCGAGGAGAAGAGCAGCAAAGAUGACAAGGCCAAAGCCGGCAACGGGGAGCCCAUUGAGCCGUCCAGGGAGCGCGACGCCAUCAAGGAGUCCAAGAGCAAGGAGAAAGGAGACAGAAGCGCUGUGGCGGGGUCCCUCAAGUCACCAGGUCUCAGAUCAGAAUCGGCCGAGUCUGAGAGGGAUCACAAAAGACGAAAGCUCGACACUCACUCUUCUCCAUCCCACUCCUCGUCUGUUAAGGACAAUAGCAACGAACCCAAGGAGUCCACAUCCAAGCAUCACAUCAGCUACAAUUCAGUAACCCGGUCCAAGAGCAGAGAGAGGGAGACGGAGAAGAAAGACUCAGAGAACGCACAGGGCCGAUCCAAAGAGAAGAAGGAAGAAAAGGAUCGGAAAGAAAGGAAACGAGACCAUAUUGUCAAUGACCACGAAACGAACCUAGAAACCAAACGUAGAAAGGACGAGAAUGGAACCAAUUCCUCCAAAAACAGAAAGAGCACAAGUCCCUUGUGUGACUCGCCACUUUCUGCUGAAAAAGAGAAGAGCAAAAGAUCCAAAUCUUCCAGCAAAGAGAAGGCGGAGUCUGGGAAACCUGAGCGAACGUCCUCCGGAGGCAAAAAGGAGUCCAGACACGACAAAGAGAAAUCUGAGAAGAAAGAGAAGAGGGACAGCAGUGGAGCAAAGGAAGAGAAAAAGCAAUAUCCUUAAACAUAGAGGAACACCUCAAUGAGAAAUCAGUUUUAUUUGUAUUUUUAAGUGUGAAUAUUUUAAUAUUAAAAGUUGCUGAAUAUUUCUACUUAGCUGUUGUUUUCUGCCACAUUGAAUCACUAAAGUUAGCUGGGAUCACCUGCUUUGUUCGCAUGUUUGGUCAUCGCCGGCAGAGUGAGCUUGUUUUGAAAAGAUAUUCUUAUGUAUCAUUGUUUCAAAGUGUUCGGUAACGUUCAGCUGCUCGCGGUUCUUAAUAGUUUACAUUAUGACACUAUUACUUGUUCAUCUGCCGUAUGUCACUAAACACUCAGAUGCAAUAACUAUUUAAUUGUGGUGAAGACUCCCUUUUACAUUUUGCAAAUAAGACUUCCUCCUCCACCUAAAACAGUCUCGGAGCCCAAUCGGCUAUCGUGUGAUUUCAAAUUAGCGUCUGGGGACGACGGCCAAUAUUUUGGGGCUUCAGGUGUCUUCAGCGGUUCCCUGAGCCAAGACUCCAUCCUCCGUUUGCCGUUCACUGUUUACAGUCCGACUAGUUUCUUUCACCACUGAGUCGAACGUGUUUUUCACCCAAAACACAAACGAUGAUACUUUUUGUAGGUGUUUUAGGUCCAGUCUGCAUUUUGGCUACUCUAUUACCAGCUAUGUGAAUAUGAAUGUUGAUAAAUGAAAAAGCAGAUAGCUGAUGUAUUUCGGGCUGUGUGUUCUGUCUCCACACGGACAGUUAAACUGCUGGCAACCGAAGCCUGCUCAAACGUGAAACAGAAACCAGAAGGCCUCGGUUCCCCCCAAAAUGUUGUCCCUCGCCUACAGAUUCUGCAUAUCCACAGUCAGAAUCUGUUUAUAGAGAUUCAGAUUUAUUUGAUUGUCUAAUUUGAGCAUGUAGCUGCUCGUUUCUGUCUUCAACAACCAGCAUUUCAAAAAGCCCCUCUGGUUUAUUAUUGAUAUUUUUGUUGUUUCCUGUAAUGGAAAAGUUCCUGGUUGCACCGUAUUGGUUAACAGAACACCCUUUUGAUACGCAGUCUGGAGCAUGGAAGCUGAAAGACUCGACUGUUUAAUGCCAAAACAAAUUUUUGUCAAUAAUUCAGCAGUUGUCAGCGUUUAAGUUUUUGAUUAAUUUCACAUUUUCCCUUAACAAUCCCACUCAUAAAUCCUCUGACAAGCACAGAUAAUGUGCACUAAUCAGUGAAGGUAAGAUGCUUUCAGAUUCUUGGCAAACAGCUCUUGAUAGGACGAUGUAUGCUCAGUGUUUGAUGCACUUUCUCUCUCUGAUCCGCAGCAGAACUGGAGAAGCUGUGCUUUUAUCUGCUCUGCCAUCUGUACCAUGUUGUUAACUCUUACUCUCAUUCUCUGCCUGUGUUGUUUUUCCUGUGAACUCCCCUCCCGAGUGUCGCUAGCUGUAGUUACUUCAACUCCACUCGUUCUUUUUCCACUUACACAGUGAAUCUGCUGCAGUUUAUCUUUUUCCGUUUUUGUUAUUCAGUACGGGAACAAUGUGCUGCUCUCUACACAAUGUUAUUGUUAUUCUAAUUGGAACCAGUUGUUACUGUAUGACUUGUCUGGGAAGGAUCUGGUCAUGAUUCAAAAAUCGUAUGCGUGAACAUUUGUAUUUUUUUGUACGUUGUCAGGCUUUGCUUUUUGCUCGUUUAAUUGGAGUUAACUUGCUUUCCAUACUCACUUACCUCAUAUUCUUUUGAGAUAAUUAGAUACUUAUAUUUAUUUAUCUCCACCUUUUAAUCCUAGUAAGACAGUAGGCACAAGUGAUAAAUUCUACAAAGGACCAGUUUGUAUAUUAUGUACAAUAAUAAAGAGGGUAACAUGACGUUCACAUCAUGUUAGUUCUUUUUUUUUUUUGAUGUCCCUUUCAGUCCUUUUGUGAUUUUGUGUUAAUCAGGUUUUUACAUAAUUUAUAAAAAUGCCUGUUCAACCUUCAAAUGUAGAGUUGUAAAGAAAAAAAAACCUGACAAAAAACGCGUUCUGUACUCCAAAUGCAACUGUUUAAAAAUGACUUUUGGAGAUUUUAUCUGCUGUACUCAAUGAGUGUUAGCGUUUUUUUUAAAAACAAAAACCAAUAAAUAAUAGUUUUCCUAGUGUGUCACUUUCA